CAGAGCGAGGUUAUCAUAAGCGGUACACUCCCUCCUGAAGUAUCCUACAAUGUUGACGUGGGUGUUUACCACCAUUGCGACUGGAUUAUUGACACUUGUGGCUUUCCAACGGAUGUUUUACCCUUAUUUUUGGGAUGAUCUGAUUUUUUACUUAAAACUGCGAAAGGUCGGGGCAGCUGUGAAGUCGCGGAUGAAGAGCGGGGUUAUCACUUAUCUCGACUGUUUUGUAAGCCAGGCAAGGAAAACUCCGGGCAAACCCUUUAUUGUUUUUGAGAGCCAAGUCCUUACAUACGAAGACGUUGAUGUGAGGAGCAACAAGUUUGCAAACGUGUUUAAAAACGAGGGAGACUUGAAACAAGGAGACAUUGUUGCACUUUUGAUGAGCAAUGAACCCGACUUCAUAUGCGUUUGGUUCGGACUGUGCAAGCUGGGCUGUGAGGUUGCGUUCCUCAAUUUUAACAUCAAAUCGAAGUCUUUUCUUCACUGCUUUGAAAGCUGUGGGGCUAAAACCCUCGUCGUAGGAUCAGAUUUGGUUGACGGUCGGGAGGAAGUGCUAAGUAGCCUGAAGGCCAAUGGCAUUGCUCUGUGGGUCACUGCGAGCCACUCCACAGUGGAGGGUCUGGACACCUUACUGGACAAGGUGGAGGAGGCUUCAGCUGAGCCCCAGCCGGCUGUGCCGUCCUCCCCAGCCAAGCUCAUGUCCACCUUCCUCUUCAUCUUCACCUCGGGAACCACAGGUCUCCCCAAGGCUGCGCGUGUGAGCCACAUGAAGGCGGUGAUGAGCAUGGGUUUCCUGCGUCUGUGUGGAGCCACGGCCAGUGACAACAUCUACGUCACGCUGCCCCUCUACCACAUGGCAGCCUCCCUACUGGGCAUCGGGGGAUGCAUUGACCUCGGGGCCACUUGUGUUCUCAAGAGGAAAUUCUCCGCAAGCCAGUUUUGGACGGACUGCCAGAAAUACAAAGUGACCGUCCUCCAGUACAUAGGGGAGCUUUGUCGAUAUCUCGUCAAUCAACCCAAGACAGAAGCAGAGACCUCGCACGGGGUUCGAAUAGCCGCGGGGAGUGGUCUGAGAGCUGACGUUUGGAAGGAGUUUGCUAAGCGCUUUGGCAACAUCCACAUCCGAGAGGCCUACGGACUGACUGAGGCCAGCAUUGGCUUUCUAAACUACACCAAUGAAAUCGGACCCAUUGGGCGCGCUGGUUAUUUCAACAAGCGGAACCUGCCGUUUGUCUUCUUGAGAUGUGACCCCAACACUUAUGAGCCAGUCCGCUCAGAAUCAGGAAGAUGCAUAAGAGCAAACAAAGGGGAGACGGGUAUCCUGGUGGCUCCCGUGUCUGCCAUGAAUCCGUUCCUGGGCUACGCGGGCAACAAGGAGAUGUCAGAGAAGAAGCUUCUCCGGGACGUUUUCCAGGAGGGCGACGUCUUCUUCAACACCGGAGAUCUCAUGAUGCAGGACCACAGGGACUUUGUCUACUUCCGGGACCGCGUCGGAGACACAUUCAGGUGGAAAGGUGAAAACGUGGCUACGACUGAGGUGUCUGAGAUCCUAGGAACUCUUGACUUUGUGCAGGAUGUGAAUGUGUAUGGGGUAGCAGUGCCAGGAAAUGAAGGAAAAGCAGGAAUGGCAGCCCUUGUGCUGAAGCCAGACGUGGAGCUGGAUGGGAAGAGGCUGUACAACCAUCUGGUUCAGAACCUGCCAUCAUACGCCUGGCCCUGGUUCCUCAGGCUGGAGACCUCCAUAGACGUCACAGAGACCUUCAAGCAGCAGAAGGGGAAACUGGUCCAGGAGGGCUUCAGUCCUGCGGCUAUCCAAGACCCGCUCUACUUCCUGGAUCUCUCCCAGAAGGAUUACAUCCCUCUCACUCAGGCUGUGCAUGAUGACCUCCUCGCAGGCAAGAUACGACUGUAGGCUAACCAAUGUGACGUUUAAAAAACUCCUCCGCUUACAAAGUACACUAGUGAAGCGCUACCUAAGGAUAAACAGAUAUAAUUUCAUAAGUAGACAGAUACUGUACUUUGUUAUUCCACAGAAACGUGUUAUUUUCAUUUGAGCUGUCCAUUAGUACGUAAGUGGACAGUCAUCAUUAUCAACAGUGAGUGAUGAACUAUACGGAACACUUCAAAUGAUUAUGCACCCUUUCACAGCUAGAGGGCAGUGUUGGAAUUGUUUGCUUUUGUUACCCAUUGGGAAUCAAUCAAGAUAUGUUUUUAAUAGGAUUGUAAGUCACAGGCUCUUUUAUAGUAUAAAGUAGAUGGUUCAAACAGACUUUAAAAUCCUAUGUGUUUCAGACUCACUGUGUGUUAAUAUUGCAUAGAGCAGCACAUGUAUUUUAUUUUAGCCUACACUUUUUUUAACCUGUCUCCUCAGAAGGGGUUGGGCCAGGUAUUGCAACGUGUCUGUCUGCCUGUCUGUCUGUCUGAGUGCGUUGCAAUAUGCGACCUUGCCUCCUCCACUUGCGCUUGUCUCCUCGUCCCGCCUCCUGGCCCCUCCUCCAUGGAGAAAACGAUAAAGUUUCCCAGCUGUCAGCCUAGCCACAACAACUUUUGAGGGACUGUUUUUCAUUCACCAUCCCAAUUGCAAAUGAGAAAAAGACUCUACAAUUGAGCUUUUGCAAGAUAUUGAAAUAUAAUGCUGUUGUCAGUGAUGUCAUCAUGACAUAUUACUUCCUGGUACGAGGAGAGAAGCAAGUGGAGGAGGUAAGUGGAGGAGUCAAGGUCGCAUAUUGCAAGGCACUCUCUGUCUGUGUCCAUCCGCAGUGUUUUGAGUCGCCAGAGGGUGGCACCAAAAACACAACAUCACACGCAUCAGGUAUUGGCAAGAGGGUCAGGUUGCCAUUCUCUGGCUCUUGUUUCAUACCUGUAUAUAGAGAAGUGUGACUUAAACUUAAAAAAUAUUGGUUGUUAUUUAAAGGGGUAUGCCACUAUUUUGGGGAUGUCGCUAAGCCAGUGAAAGUCAAUGGAUCCGUGUAGCAUUCAAUGCUACACGGAUCCAUUGACUUUCACUAGCUUAGCGACAUAUUCCCUCUUUUAACUUGUCUUAAAGCAAGACAACGCUUAACAUGAAAAAUAAAACACUUUACCACCUUUAUAAACCCCAGCCAACGAUUUUAACUGUAUUAAGCCCCAAAAUAGUGGCAUACCCCUUUAAUGCAGUGACAGCAGCAACUACUUUGGGGGCUGCAAAUGCUUCAUCUCUACACUGACUAGCUUUUUUCUGAGCCUGCAGCCUGUACUAAAUGUUUAUCUCGGGGUAGCUUUUUUGUCCUAUCACGUAUUAAAUACAUAUCAGAUGCCAUUCAGCAUUUUGUUUAGUUACAAUUGUAUGCAUAUAUAGUGUUAUACAUUGAUGAUAUACCACUGUAUGUCACAGUAUUGUACCUGAAUAAUAUUAAAUCUGCAAACUACAGGCAAUUCCCUAUGGGUCAAACAUUAAUUAUGUACAUGUCAGACAUGGUUUACAUUAAGAUUCUGGUUUUCAAUAGAUUUCCAAGCUGCACAGGUCACUGUGACUAAAAAAUAUGUUUAAUUUAGAGGAACUGUAUGUCUUUCGCUGAAGUAUUUCUACUAAUAUAAUUUCAGAUUGUCUUGUGACAGUAAGGCAUUUUAGAUGGAUGUAAUUAUACAGUGAUAUGAGGAACUGGAAAUAGAAGAUGUUAAGUUGAAGAAAGAAAUUCUGAUUUUAUCCCAAUUGUAUAGGUUACCAAGAAGAGGUAUUCUGUAUGAAGCUUUAUUUUUCUCUAUGCAAUGGGAAUUUAAGUAAAAUCUGUCUACUGAUUAUAUUGAAGCCUUAAUGCAAUGACAUGAAAUGAACACUGUUGUGUAAAAGAGUGCCGUCCCAUGUCUAACCCAUAAGAAAUUAACAUUGCUACCUUAAAUGAUUACAAUGAUCUGUCAUUAUAUUGUUGCAUAUUGGAUGCAAAUGUUAUUGAGGAAAAUCUGCUGUGUGUUCAUGGAGAACUAACUUUAUAUUGAAAGUCUUCAUUGUAAAGCUGUGCAAUCUAUAAGCUUGACAAUACCCAGUAUUUGUGGGUAAACAACAGAACGUUUUUACUUUGCUUUGUGUGUUUUUUUUAAUUGAAAUGGUCCUCUAUAAACCCCGAAAUCCACCCACUCAAUGAGGACAAAUUGAUUUUCUUCAAGUCGGCUAGACUGACCUUGGGCUAGUCGAGUACAUUAAUAAGCUUAUCUAUUAAA